AUGGGAGGACCAUAUCCCCCGACAACGGCCGCCAUAGGUGGCGUACCGACGGUUGGCACCGAUAUCCCAGCAGGCGCUGUCCUCCUCCUUUUCUAUGUCUGCUUUGCAGCCACGAACAUGACCAUCUUUCAGCUCAAUCGCCGGAGGAAUCACAAGUUCAUCCCAUCGGCGCUCCUGUUCGGCUUUUGUAUGGCCAGGACAGCCACUCUGUGUCUGCGGAUUGGGUGGGCGACAACGCCGCAUGAUAUUCAACUGGCGAUAGCGGCACAAAUCUUUGUGAACGCAGGCAUAUUGAUCAUCUACAUCAUCAACCUGAUCCUCGCACAACGCAUACUGCGAGCAUCACAGCCACAAAUUGGAUGGAAUCCAGUCCUGCGAGCCGCAUACAAGUUGUUGUACAUCGCCAUCGGGGCAGCACUCGUCAUGGUCAUCACAUCCGUUGUCCUCUCAGUGUACACGCUCAAUCCGCACACCAAAUCUGUUUGUCGAGAUAUCCAGCUCGCGGCGAUCACCUACCUAUUCUUUUUCACCUGCCUCCCCGUCAUCCAUACUGCAUUAGCGGUCCUUUUGCCAUCGUCGAGAGAUGCGGAGAAUUUCGGCCAGGGCAGCAUGAGGAGCAAGUUGGUCAUUGUUACCUCUUCGGCCUGUUUAUGUAUGUUGAUAGCAGGCUUCAAAACUGGCAUCACCUGGGAGUCCCCGCGACCAGCCACCAAUCCACCUUGGUAUGACUCCAAAGCCUGCUUCUAUGUCUUCAACUUCAUGCUCGAGAUCAUCAUACUUUUUAUCUUGACGUUCAGUCGAAUUGACAAGCGAUUCUUCAUUCCAAAUGGGUCGACAAAGCCUGGAGAUUACAGUCGAAUUUUGGAAGAAGGUGAACAGAAGACGGAACAUGCCUCAUGGUACGCUUCGCCACAAGAAACCGAGAAGUGCUGA